GAAGGAAGCCAUUACUCCUCUCCUACUGGUCAAGUAGCCAGAGCCAGUCUUCCUCCCCACCCCACCCCACUCCCCCCUCUAUUGGCGGACAGAGAGAGAGAGAGAGAGAGGGAGAGGCCAAGGAGGAGGGGGAUCCACUCCGUCCGAUGGCGAUGGCGCCGCCGCGCCUGCUGCGGGGCCUCAUCGCGCCGAUGUCGCCGGCCGACUGGCUGCCCUGCCACCUGCAGCUGCUGGCCUCCUCCGCCUCGCUCCUGCACCGCUGGUGGCUGUGGCUCCCCUCUCUCGCGCGCCUCCGCUGCCCCUCCUGCUCCGACGGGCUCAAGCUGCUCCUCGUCCUGCUCCUCGUCUCCGCCGCCCUCGCCGAGGUCCGCUUCGUCGCCUCCGCGUCCAUGGCGCCCACCCUCCGCCCGGGCGACCGCGCCGUCGCAGAAAAAAUCACCUACAUGUUCCGGAAGCCAUCUGCCGGCGAUAUAGUCUUCUUCAAUGUGCCCACCGCCCUGCAGAAUUGCGGCAUAAGUAAAGAUGUUGUAUUCAUUAAGAGGGUGAUUGCCACCCCUGGAGAUUUCAUUGAGGUUCGACAAGGCCAGCUUAUUGUCAAUGGUGUUGCACAGAAUGAACAUUACACCGCACCCCAUGGUGGGUCGUACACGAUGGAAGCCAUGCGCCUCCCUGAAGAUCAUGUAUUCGUCAUGGGUGAUAAUCGUAAUAACAGCUGCGAUUCUCGUGCUUGGGGACCUCUUCCUAUCAACAACAUUGUUGGGAGAUACAUGAUGUCCUUUACAAGAUCCUCUCUCCAAUAGCCAACGUGAAGAUCUUCGAUGACCAAACCCCUUGAUGCCACUCGAUAUGAUGUUAUCGAGCUAUGUUGGGCCUCGAGCCUUUAGUAUGUAAAUCUGUGAGACCUUACUUUCCUGUGUUAGCACGGUACGUUGUAUGUGUAGUGACUUAAUCCUGGGAAGACCUGAAUAGUGACUUUGUAGCUGUUGUCACUCACCCCUGGACUUGUCAGCUGUUAAGCUUACCUGUUGGUAGAACCUGCAAAAUGUACCUAAAGGUUACACCUUCUAGUAACCUUAGCUGUCGGUUGUAAUCGGUAAUGUUAUUAUUACUGUGGACCGCGUUCUUGGCUGUCAGAAAAUGGAAAAAUCUUCAUGCCUGAA